UUCUGAAGACACAACCAGUACACCUUUGUCAGCAUCUCUGUCUUUCUCUCUCUCUCUCUCUCUCUUCACCAAGAAUACGUUCGUGGCUUUGCUGGCUUCACCUAACGCGGUGCCCUCCGGCCCCACACGUUCUCUUCUUCUCUCCUCUUUUCCCUCCUUCAAUCCCCCGCCCCCGCCAUCGAGCUCCAUAGCUAGCUAGGCGCCAAGGGUUUUUGCGAGGGUUCCUCUUUUCUGAUUAUACGAGGUUUUGGCAAGAAGAAUUCUGGGAAUACGAGGUUUUGUGUGCUGGUAGAUGGCGGCGCAGCACGCGAGCACGGCGGCGGCGGCGGCGGCGGGAGGCGGGUCGGGUCCAGGCCCGGGUCAGUUUGGUGACACGUCUUUCACGAAGGUGUUCGUGGGAGGGCUGGCGUGGGAGACGCAGAGCGAGUCGCUGCGCCGCUACUUUGAGCAGUUCGGUGAUAUACUUGAGGGCGUCGUCAUCACGGAUAAGCAUACUGGGCGUUCCAAAGGCUAUGGCUUUGUGACAUUCCGGGAUCCUGAAGCUGCUAGUAGGGCUUGUGCCAACCCAAAUCCAGUUAUUGAUGGUAGGAGGGCGAACUGCAAUCUGGCUUCACUUGGCCGACCCCAACCAUUUCUUCAUGGAUCUUUUAGGUCAACCCUCCCCCAUCUCGGGCCGCAGGCUUUUAGAGGUGUGUACAUGGGGAACCCCGUUUACCAGCUGCCAGUUCCGUAUGGCUAUCAACCUGGAGUGCCUUAUCCUGCAUAUAGGUACCCAGCUUAUGCCCCUGAAUAUGCAUACCCUCAGAUUUAUGGCUUAUCAGGCACAAAUCCGUUGCCAGUUGGUCACAUGUCUCCCCAACCUGGCAGUCCCGGGUAUACAAUGAUGCGGGGUUAUCUCAUGCCGGGUCCUCAUAUGGUACAGUAUCAUAGACCUAAUGUUAGUGGAGCAAUCACAGACGGGACUACUACUGCAAUGCAAAUACCAUAUCAUUCAGGUAUUGUCAUGCCGUCUCCGGGUCAACCACAGAUUGCAGUCCGCUCACAUUUACCCCCGUUCCCUCAGGGUAGUGGCUCUAAUCAAAUGUCGGGUUGAAUUGCGGGUGGAGGCCGGAGAUGCACCAUAUCUUCCUUCAUCUUGAACUUCUUGUGGAUACCGGAAAUCACUGAGGUGCAAAACGAAAGUUCUUACUUGAGGGCGGGCCGACUUUUGAAUCUGACCUUUGGAAGUUAAACUGAAAUGCAUUGAAAGGUCUUCCAAAGUCGGUGGCCACCAAUGAUAACUAAAAUCAAAUCAUUGUAAAAUAUAUCGCUCGCUCACUCUGGUUACAUGGAACUCGGCAGGCUGCUCCUCCGUUUGCUGUCUUCUGUUCUGUAUAACCGACAUUUCAUGCCGGUCCAUUCCAGUAAGUAAUCGUGAUUGCAGGAAGCUGGUUUCCUGCAAUCGCACGUUUGGGAGAAUCAACGUAUGAUUCUUGAAUGGUGUUGGUCCGGCUCGGGUUGUUGGACCAACAAUCUCGUCCUCUCAUGUCUAGUGUCAGUUCAUCAUCAUUCAUACCCCAUUCCAAUUAACUACAUUUACUCAUGUCUCACGUCUAGUCUAGUCUAGUUUUCAUUCGGAUUAGAAUUAGUGUCACUCUUUUAUUACUGUUAACACAGAAAAAAUUUCUAAAGUGUAUUGUAUUAGCAUUGAAAAUCCAGUACAAGGUAAGAAUGUAUAAUUGUGUAAUGUGGGUAGAAUAAUCUAUGGAGAAAUCUUAUGAUUCUUUGCUUGAUUUAAA